AUUAAAACAUUAUCCCAACACAUUUUCACUUGAACUUGAACAAUGCUAUCGACAUCCUUUUCCACACCACCACCAAUCACAACAAACCACCCUCCUCACUCACCGGAAACACUCGCAACACUUAUCACCACCACCAAAACCAUCAAACAACUCCACCAAAUUCACGCAGCCGUAAUCCGCCACAACUUCCAUAACCACCCACAAGUCAACUUCAAACUACAACGCUCAUACUCUUCAUUCGACCGCCUUGAUUCAUGUCUCACUCUUUUCAACCACACCCACAAUCCCAAUGUCUUCUUCUACACUUCCAUCAUCCACUCUCACACUGUUCAUAAUCUCUAUAUCAAAGCAAUCAAACUAUACAUACAAAUGAUAUCACAAGAUGUUGAACCCAAUGAAUUCACAUUUUCAGCAGUUUUAAAGGGUUGUCGUUUAGAUAUUGGAAAACUGAUUCAUACCCACGUGGUUAAACUCGGUUUUGAUUCUAAUAUGCACGUGAGAACAGCUCUGGUUGAUGUUUACUCACGAGGUGGGGAUUUGUACUCUGCACGCCAACUGUUCGACACAAUGCCUGAGAGAAGUUUAGUGUCGUUGACUUCUAUGAUAACCGGGUACGCGAAGCAUGGGGAGCUAGUGAAGGCGCGUGCGUUGUUUGAUGCAAUGACUGAGAGAGAUUCGGUGUGUUGGAAUGUGAUGAUCGGUGGGUAUGCCAAGUACGGAAAACCUACCGAAGCGUUAACCCUGUUUAGGGAAAUGCUAAGUAAGAAGAUGAACCCAGAUGAAGUUACGUUAGUUGCGGGGUUAUCAGCGUGUGGGCAGAUUGGGGCGUUGGAAUCAGGAAGAUGGAUUCAUUCUUAUAUUCAGAACAAUGGUGUUUACAUGAAUGUUCAUUUGGGUACCGCGUUAAUCGAUAUGUAUAGCAAAUGUGGCAGUUUAAAAGACGCGGAAUCAAUCUUCAACAAGCUCAAGAACAAAGAUGUUGUUGCGUACAACGCGAUGAUUACAGCUUACGCGAUGCAUGGGUUUUCCGGACAAGCUUUACUGCUUUUCAGCAACAUGUGUCGGAUGCAUACGGCAAGACCUACAGAUGUCUCAUUCAUCGGAAUCUUGAAUGCUUGUGCUCAUUCGGGCUUGGUUUCAGUCGGAAAGGGUAUCUUUCUUUCGAUGAAAAGUAAACACAAGACCGAACCGACAAUCGAGCAUUAUGGAUGUAUGGUUAACCUUCUUGGUCGAGCGGGUUAUCUUGAACACGCAUAUGAGCUGGUCACAAACAUGAAAAUUGACCCCGAUCCCGUGAUAUGGGGAACUUUACUCGAUUCAUGUACCCUACACAAAAACGUCGAUCUAGCAGAACAUAUCGUCAAGUUUUUGGUAGAUCGUAAUCUUGCAAAUUCGGGAACGUACAUACUUCUUUCUAACUUAUACGCCGCUACCUCAGACUGGGCCGGGGUGGCCCGAAUGCGGACCUUGAUGAAGGACCACGGGGUGCAUAAAGAACCCGGGUGCAGCUCGAUUGAAGUGCAUAACAAGGUGCACGAGUUUGUUGCGGGGGACAUGAAUCACCCGAGUUACCAAAAGAUUUAUAUGAUGUUGGAGGAGGUGAACGGAUGGCUUAAGGAUCAUGGUUAUAUUCCGCAAACGGAUGUCGCGUUGCAUGAUUUGGGGGAAAAGGAAAGAGCGCGAUCGUUGGAGGUUCAUAGUGAGAAACUUGCUAUCGCGUUUGGGCUUAUUAGUACCGAGGCUGGAAGUACUAUCAAGAUUGUGAAGAAUCUUAGGGUUUGUUCGGAUUGUCAUGAGGUGACAAAGCUGAUAUCGAAGAUCACGAGAAGGAGAAUCGUUGUUAGGGAUCGGAAUCGGUUUCAUUCUUUUGAAGAUGGUUCAUGUUCUUGUGGGGAUUACUGGUGAUAUUGUUAUAGCUACUGAGAGUUGUAGAUUGAGUUACCACUCUAGAUAUUAUAGGUACACAAACGACUCUGUAAAGAUAUUUCCAGUUUCAAACAAACACAAUUAAGACAUUCUUAGGAGAGUCUAAAUGAAAAUUAGUUUUUAGCUA